AUGGUUUUUGAAGAUACAAAAACAUACCUGGACCAGGACUCGCUGGUUCAGCUUCGCAGCUACAAGUACCAAAGUGUCGACAAAUCUUAUUUAUCGUACUACAUUCUCAAUCCAUACUGGACAUGGUGUGCAAAAUUUAUGCCAUCAUGGCUUGCACCUAAUGUGAUCACUUUGCUUGGGAUCAUUGCAAUCUAUGCCAAUGUGAUUACUAUUCUUAUUUAUAUUCCAGACCUCGUGGGUCCCGGCCCUUCGUGGAUUUAUUACUCGUUUGCUGCGGGUAUUUUCUUCUAUCAAACCAUGGACAACAUUGAUGGCAAACAAGCUCGUGCUACAGGUACUUCUUCACCUUUGGGCGAACUGUUUGAUCACGGAAUUGAUUCACUCAACUGCUGCCUCGGCGGUCUCGUUCAAUCUGCGUGCAUGGGAAUGGGCUCGUCCAAAAACACAGCCAUUGUGACUUUUAUCACCUGCGUAGCCAUGUAUUUGUCAACAUGGGAGACAUAUCACACCCACGUCCUAUACCUAGGAUACCUCAAUGGUCCGACUGAAGGUAUCAUAAUUGCUGUCAUUAUGAUGCUUAUUUCGGGUGCAUACGGUAUUCAGGUGUGGAACAACCCAAUUUCCUCGGUGUUUUCAGCUCCCAUGCAGACCUUAUUCUCUCUCUUUAUGGGUGGAUCUCCCUAUCAAGUUGGCCAGCUGCCACUCAAAGACCUUUGGGUUGCUUUUGUUUUUUGGGGUGUUUUGAUCGGCCACGUCCCUGUGUGCCUUUACAACGUGUACCAAUACAAGCGUGCCAAUAAGGAAUCUUUUACUGCUACACUACCCAACCUGAUUCCAAUUGUAAUUGCUUCACUUUCAGUUUACCUUUGGCUUUGGAGUCCCUACUCCAUUAUUCUUUCGGAUAACCAUAUUGUACUUUUUACACUCGCCAUGUCUCUGGUAUUUGGCCGCAUGACUACCACAAUUAUUCUCGCACAUCUUACCCGCCAACCUUUCCCUUACUGGUCUACACCCAUGACCCCACUUGUCAUUGGUGCUGGUCUUUUCCGAUUUUUCCGUUGGCCAUCUUCUGCCACUGUCAUUGUGGAUGGUGUUGCUACUGCAUCUUCUUCUUCUAAUGCCAAUAAGUUGUUUUCGUAUGCGGCUGGCAAGGGUGCUGCUAUGCGGUUACUUGCACGCACCAUUUCAGGUCCUAACAACAUUAAGUUGGAAAAGUUGGGCUCACCUGAAACUGCGGAUUUGCCCUUAGGCCAACAGACAAAUUACAGCUUCCCAAUCAAUUUUGAACUGCUCUACCUAUGGCUCUUUUUUGCGUACCUAGUUUUGUACUUUAGUGUCUAUGCCCGUCGUGUCAUCAAGGGCAUCACCGAGUUUUUGGGAAUUUCUGCCUUCACUGUUAAGAAGCCAGCAGAUCUCAACAAGGCCAUGUGA